AAAACUGCGUCAACACUUCAACUAGUCCACGAUUACACUCCGUUAAACACCGGCAGAACAUUCUAUUUGUUAUAGAAGGACUCCACCCUAACAAGCCAAAAUGGAUAAGUUUCGUAUGAUGUUCCAGUUUCUUCAAUCCAACCAAGAGUCGUUUAUGCACGGUGUUUGUGGCCUGAUGGCUCUGGCUAGUGCACAACUCUACUCCGCGUUUGAGUUUAACUGCCCCUGUAUGCCUGAAUACAAUUACUCGUAUGGAAUUGGUGUAUUGGUCAUUCCAGCUGUUUGGUUCUUUAUGCUCGGCUUUGUCCUGAACAAUAACGUGUCUAUACUUUCUGAGGAAUGGAAGAGGCCAGCAGGUCACAGAGGCAAGGAUCCGUCCAUUUUUCGCUACAUGUUUAUUUCUGUAUCACAGCGCUCGUUGAUUGCUCCUGUGGUUUGGAUUACGGUCACAUUAAUGGAUGGAAAAAGCUUUCUUUGUGCAUUUAGUAUAGACCUGGAUGUUUCUGAGUUUGUUUUCAGAAAUUUUACUGGGCAUAAUCUCUCGGAAACAGAAAUGAUAACGUUGCUUGCCAAAAUCCCUUGCAAGCACAUAUUUGAUGGACAUCAUCUUUUAUCUAGCGAAGCAGCCACCAGGUAUAUACGAUGUGUGUCACAGGCAUUCGGCUGGCUCUUCCUGUUGAUCCUUACGUUAAUUGCUUUCACCGUCCGUGCCAUGCGGCCUUGCUUCAGCCAGGCUGCGUUCCUCAAAACAAAAUAUUGGUCGCACUACUUUGACAUUGAGCGCAAGAUGUUUGAAGAGCUCUGCGCAGAACACGCCAAAGGUUUUGCCAAAGUCUGCAUCCAUCAGUACUUUCAGAGUGCCAGUGAGGACUUACACGGCCAAAGAGGGGAUGACGGUAAAAAGGAAGAUGAUGACAACUCUAAUGAGAAAGACAAACUUCUAGGCAUUCACAACCAGGAUGAGAUGAAUAAAGUUUUGUGGAACUGGCACAUAUCGAAGCCUCCAUUAAGUCUGAGAAAGCCUGGCGCCAGUGAUGGUGGUGGGGACAAGAAAGCAAAUGGGAUGAAAACUGGCUACGACAAUGUGACAUUUAUCACGGAUCAAAAGGAGAGUGGAUAUGUCACAACCAAAAAUGGAAAUAGCUACAUGAACGGUAACACUCACAUGAACCAGCGCAGCUGGGAUGCAUGCGAUCAUUCAUCCGGCAUUAAAAAGAAAGAGUGGGCUGUUUAUUACAGCAAGGUCUGAAGAUCUUAGUGGUGGAGAUACUGCUAAAUGAUUGUCCAACGCUGACACAAAUCAGCUACACUA